AUGACCAAGUUCAAGGACGUCCACCUCGUACUCCUCAUCCACGGGCUAUGGGGCAAGCCAGAGCACCUCGCCGCCGCCGUCGACGAGCUGCACGCCGCGUGGACAGACAUGACCACUGUCGACAUCGCCAGCGGCGGCGGCAGCUCGGUCCACUCGUCCCCCGACGCCACGCCCCGCCGCCAGCGCGACGACCUCGUCGUGCUCGUCGCCGAGGGCAUGACGUCAAAGCUCACCUACGACGGUGUCGACGUGUGCGCCAGCCGCUGUGCAUACGAGCUCGACCGCGAGAUCGCCCGCCUCGAGGCCGACGGGCGCCAUGUCGCGCGCUUCAGUGUUAUGGGAUACUCCCUCGGAGGGCUCGUGGCGCGGUACCUCGUCGGCCUGCUCAACGCGCGCACGCCUUCCUUCUUUGACGCCCACGAGCCGGUCACCUUUUCGGCGCUGGCGUCUCCGCAUCUCGGCAUUCCGCGCUACAAUACCUUCAUCUCCCAGGCGCUCUCGUGGCUCGGUGGCCGCCUGCUCUCACGCACCGGCGAGCAGAUCUACGUCGUGGACAGCUAUUCAGAGCUCGACGAGCGCCCGCUUCUCGAAAUCAUGGCCGAUCCCAAGCAAGUUUUCCACAAGGCCCUCGCUCGCUUCCGCGACAUUCACAUCUACGCUAACCUCGUCAACGACAACACGGUGCCGUUUCCCUCGGCUGCUAUCCAGAUGAGCGACCCUUUCGUCAAGUGGAAGGAGCGUGGUCUCCAGGUCAAGUACGACCACCAAGACAUUGCCCACCAGUGGUCGUUCCCACAGCCGGACCCGCUCACCGUGGCCAAACCAAAGGCAAAGCAGUGGUUCAACUGGAACAUUGGUACCCUUCCGCCGACCUUGAGGUUUCGCGAGCCGUAUAGCACUAUCAUUCUCGUCCUCGCCCCGAUCCUUAUCCCGGUGCUUUUCCUUCUGGUCAUUAUCCGCUUCUCACUUGACACCAGCCGCUCGCGCCUUCGUCUCCAGAAGCUCACCCGCGCACAAAUGGAGGCCAACCGGACUGCGGCCGGCACCAGCAGCCCCGUGUCUCCGAUGUCGCCCAUUCCCUCGGUUCACGGCCUCUCGAUUGACGGCCUGCGCGCCGCCAUUCGCAAGGUCGAGCGUAACAUUGAGCAAGACUUCAUGGAUGCCGUCGAGACGCCGCUCCCUCUCGACCACGACGAGUUCGACGACGACUUUGAGCACUUUGAGCCCGACGUCCACCCCCUCAUGACCGACCGCCAGGCGCGCAUGGUCCACUGGCUAAACGCCCUCGACCCCAACAAGCACAUGGUCUGGUUCCCCGACUGCCCCAACUCGCACGCGGUUAUCGUCGUCCGCGACCCCGAGCGCAUGCCGAUCCAUGAGCGCGGCCGCGGCGUCCUCCGCCACUGGGCCGGUGAGGUUGCUCUUGCAGCCGAGACCGCCGCGACGCCAUUCUGA